AUGGCUUCUCCAGAUUCGUACAGCCAGCGCGACCAUUCGAGCCAGCCCGAAAGGCCGUCGCAGCCAUCCCCCGCUGGCUCCAGCAAGUCGCAUGCCGGCUCCCAGCACCAUGCUGUGCCGCCCAAGAUCCGCCGCCGCAAUCGCUUAAUCACGUCGUGCCUCGAAUGCAGGCGACGCAAGCUCAAAUGCGACAAGUUGCAUCCAUGCAGCAACUGCACGCGCUUCUCGCGGGACUGCGUCUUCUUGGCGCCCGCGCUGGAUGCCGCCUCGCAGCUGCGCCUGGCCGAAAUCAAAGAGAAGAUGGGCUCUCUUGAACGCACGCUCGAGGAGGAUAUUGCCCGGAAGAACGAGGCACGGCAGCGUUCUGAUGCCCGGCCCGGCUCCAAGCUGCCCGGCCUAGAGGAUGUUUCAGGCGACGAAGAUGCAAGCGAGCUGGAAGAAGAGCGAGGUCUUGAGCCCACCCCACUCGCCAUUGAAGAUGCCCCGUACGAUGACAACAUGUGCGAUGACAACCUUGUCGAUCUCGGUGUCCAGUUUGGACGAAUGAGGAUCACAGAGCGCAUUGGAGGAUUCGUACGGCCGAAGCUGGCCCAGGAGCUCACCGAAGCCUUAAAAGAGGUCCCAGAACUCUUUCCCGAUCCCAACGAGCCUCAUCCAUCAUCCCGUCAAAUCCAUCCGAGCUCGUAUCUGAUGCCAGGCCCCGAUUACCUUGCUCCAUCUGCGAACUUUUUCUUUUCGCCCUCUAGCCGGAAGCAUGGUUUACUCCACUCGCUUCCGGCAAAAUCCAUGGCCGACACGCUGCUCAAGCAGUAUUGGCUCGCCGUGCAUCCUGUUGCCACAGCGGUCCACCGACCCUCAUUCGAAAGACAAUAUGCGUCGUUUUGGAAAGACAUCUCCAAUGGCCUAGAGCCUCGUGCUUCUCUGCAAGCUCUCGUUCUUGCAGCGAUGCUCUCGGCAGCAGUCAGUCUAUCCGAGGACACCGUGACAACCGAAUAUGGCACAACGAAAGCCGAGCUGGUCGAUAAUUUCAAGGAAGGCACCGAGGCAGCACUUUCGCGAGCAAAUGUCGUAAGGACAACAAAGCUCGAAACUCUCCAAGCGUUUGUCAUGUAUCUGAUACCUCUUUGCCGUACUGAAGUAUCACGGGCCCACUCAGCACUCACGGCCAUGGCGAUACGCCUCGCAGAAUGCAUGGGCCUACAUCGCGACGCUGCCCGAUUCGGCAUAUCCGCCGUGGAGACCCACGUCCGGCGCCUCGUGUGGUAUCAGUUAUGUUUCCUCGAUAUCCGUGUUUGUGAAGCGAGCGGGCCUCGACCACAAAUUCGAGAAGAUGAUUUUGAUACUAAGUUCCCCCUCAAUGUUAACGACGCCGACUUCGAAUCCAGCACUCCACCUACAAAAGACGCGGACCACUUCACGGAUAUGACAAUUGUACGAAUGCGUUUCGAGUGUACUGAAAUGGCCCGACUGGUCUGGUUCGAACGCCCACGCAUUGAAAAAAAGCAAACUACGCUCACUGCUGUCCUCGCCAAAAUCCAAAACUUCCGUAGCGCCAUGGAGAAACGCUAUGGCCCAAUACUUGAUGUGAAGAAUCCACUGCAUCAUAUGUGGCAACUGGUGUAUAACAUCCUGAGUUUGCGCCUUAUUUUGAUGGUCAUGCACCGCUAUUCCAGUAACAUGAAUCGCGUCAUGCCGGAUCGGUUAAGGACUCAGAUGUUGAACUCUGCCACACUUUUGAUAGAAAACGCGAUAGCACUCGACACUCAUCCCAGUCUGAAGCCGUGGGUCUGGUACGGUGGUGCUCACCAGCAAUGGCACACUGGUCUCCUCUUGAUGGCAGAAGUGUACGCAAAAGAGCCCCAUCCAAGCUACGAGGAGCGCGUCUGGCGUUGUCUCGAUUACGUCUUCGAGCUUCCACCCGCCAUGUCCAUCAUCGACAAGGCGAAAUACAUCAUCAGUGGCAUCCGAGACCGCACACUCGUUUACCAAAGCAUACGGCGAAUGCGCGCACCGACAGACAUGGACCAACCCAUGGGACCGCGCCCACAUACAACGGCUAUCAACCACGCUGCACGAUUCUGGUAUCCAACGAUGGCGAAGAGCCAAAGGGCACGCACAGGCAGCCCGACCGCAAGUGACCCGUCCGCAAGUGCCGUUACAACACCAGCGAUGCAAUCAGCCUACGCUCAAAUGGGCAAUCAGGGGAUCAAAACUCAAGCCAGCUCCGCUUCGAGCAGUGCGCAUGUCAGCCCGAAUCUCCAGCAUGCCCCACACCCCCAUGUAGAUGCCACAACUCCGCCAUCUCGAUACGGUAUGGGCGGUGCCGAUGACCCUUCGCGUCAUCAAGGCUACGGUCAACAAGCUGCGCGUCCAAUGGCUGUGCCGACACAGUACGGGAUGCCAAACAUGUUUAACAUGAGCCCUGGAGAGACAGGGAGCAUGGGAUCAGGUGGUGUUGGAGGUAGCCCUGGGGAUGAGGCUAUGCUUGAGAUCGACUGGAACGAAUGGGACAAGCUUUUCCCACAACAGCAACUCGGGAACGGCAACCCUGCCGACAUGUUCAUUCCGGACUUCACCUAUCCGCCAGCCAGCGACCACACAGGGCAUCCCUUGCCGACGGGAUCCGCGCCAUCCAAUUCCAUGGGCGGCUUGCCUUGGGGCCAUGUGGGCGCGGGCGCACGGCCGCAGUGA